AUGUCUUUCUUGGCAGACUUUGAACCGGCACUUAUCCAUUUCCCUUACGAUCAAAACCAACGUCUUGGGUUUGCAAGGGAGACAUUUUAUUCUAAACUCUUUGGACGCAAAAAAAUUAAUAGGGUAAAUUCCAGAGUUGAAUAUAAUCCUGUGAAUCUGGAGAACAGGACUAAUAUGAACACCGUCGUCAACAACCCAACACCUGCAACUACGGCCCCCACCAACUCGAAGUCGUCCACAUCAAGGAUGAAACGUAACAUGACAUCCACCACAUUUUCUCCUUCCGAAUCCCAAUUUUUUGACCGUGAUCAAAAUUAUUGGACGGAUAAAUUGGUCACAUUUUUCCUGAUGAUGCCCUAUUAA